AUGACGCCUCCGCUCCGGUGGGUGUUCCUGUUGGCGUUGGUGGGCUGCGCCGCGAGCAUCCCUCUCGUCGACGACGCAUGCGUCUUGCUCUGCCACCCCAGAGCGAGAUCGUCUCCCGAGGGAGUCUGCGAACUCCGGGGAGCCCAGUCCGGCUCCGUCCUGGACCUGGCGCGGAUUAUCGUCAGCCACUGUCUGAAGCUAUGCGAUCGCCAGCUGCAGUCCUCCGUCCGGGAUAGCUGUUUCGCUCUGAGAUCGUUCUUCGGCGCCUAUCGAGGAUGCCGUUGCCGGUCGACGCCCGUUAUGCCCACCAACGUGAAGAUCCGUUCGUUGGUGAACGAGCUGGCGGAGGACGUCGCCUUCUCUUCACCCCUCGGAGAACUCGUGAUAUCCGCGCUCCACGCGGCGUUGCUCCGCGAAGACGCCGAUGCUGAAGGGUACGAUCUGAUCGUGGACGAUCGCGAAUCCGGAGGUCGUCUGGCGCACGAUGCGGAGAACGAGAAACCGAGGCGACACGUUCUCGAGCAGCCUCCGGUGGACAACGGCUACGGUCACGGCAGGGUACGUCCGCAGGGUGGUGACCGGACGGACAACACCGCGGCGUCAGACUCCCUGGACGAGGACGACGAUAACGUUGACUGGGAGCUAUGGUGCAUGGAGCAGUGCAACAGCGGCCAAGGCGGUGACGCAUGCAGAUGUGACAUCGUACCGUGAUGCUUACCUCACACCGUGAUACGUCGAGGAAGAGGUAACGGGAAGGCAUGGGAGGGCACGAAUUCACAUAUCCUGUAGGUUAAUCGACCCGAUCAGGGCACGUUAGGCUAAGUGACUUUCGACAUAAUCAGGGAGAAUUGUAAGAGAGAGAGAGACGCUCUAAGCUGGAGCAUGUACGAUACCCUUUCGAUUUCAAUGAUUUCAACUGUCGCGACUCCUCUCCUGGUAGUUCACUGUCUUCUAACGCGUAGCAGUAUUUCUCUUAAGCGAAACAGUAUAAUAGAUUAUUCUUCGGAAAUUUCUUAAGCACUUCGCGCUCUAUGUGCAUUGAAAAAAAUUCGAUAACUCACUACACAGAGACAAGAAACGUCGGAUUGCGGCAUAUUAUAGAUUGCUUUUUCCGUUGUAAGAGAAGAACGAUUUGUACUUUUCUAGAUUUUAUAUAUGUCUUUGUAUUAUUACUUUACGUACUUGCGUACGAUUAAUUUUGGAUAUAAA